AUGGUGUCAGAACCAGGCCAAUCUAAAAAAAUCUGUGGAAAACUUUGGCUGACAGUCAGAUUCUGGCUGACAUUUGCUGAGAUGUUUGUAUUUGCUAACACCAUUGAGGUUUCUACGUACAUUUUUAAAGGCAUCAAUGUUUGCAGCUUUCAAGCUUGUGUUCCAAAAAGCCAGUCAAGACACACAGUGUUGGAUUUAUCACAGAAAAAUAUAUCUGAACUUCACUUUUCAGAUUUCAGUUCUCUGCCUGAACUGCAAGUAUUAAAUCUGUCUCAUAAUCUACUCAGAGAUCUUGACUUCAGCGUUUUCAAAUUCAGUAAGAAAUUAGUAUGCCUAGAUUUAUCUCAUAACAACUUGUGGAUUAUUUUCUGUCUGACUCUUGCUGGUCUUAGACAUUUAGAUCUUUCAUUCAAUAAGUUUAAAACCUUGCCCAACUGCCAGGAAUUUGUCAGUAUGUUGAACCUAGAAUACCUGGGACUGAGUGCCACAAUGAUACAAAAGUCAGACUUCAAAGAUAUUACACAUUUGCAACUUCGUACUGUCUCCAUAACCUUAGUAGAUCUUUUUCACUAUGAAUCCAAGAGUCUGACAGUCUUAAACACAAAGAACCUUCAGACUGUUUACCCAACAAACCAAAAUUUUACAUUUUCCCUUUUGUAUGAUGGGAUUAGCACUUCAGGGGAACACCUUGUGGCAGUUGAAACAAGAGAUAUGGCAAAAACAGAGCACACUCGUGUCACUUCAUAUGAAGAAUAUUUGACAUUUCAUCUUCUUGGCCAUACGGAUGCAGAUGGAGAAGCAGAACUGCCAGAGUUAAUGCUUUAG